CCUAUAUAAAUAAAACACAUAAUCUAACUCUAAAAACUUUAACUUUAUAAAUUUCUGAAAAGUAUGGUUUAAUUUCACUUAAUUUUGAAUAUUUAUGAAAUUCGUUGUCCAUAUACACAGUAUUUUUUAAAAAUAUUUUUCAAAAUACUUUAUACCAACUUCUGGUAUUUCAAAAUAUUACUUUUCGCUUGUUGUUUUUGAAGCUCUGUAAAGAAUAAUUUGUAAAAGAUAUACUUAUAUAGGUCUAUUUAAAUAUGGUUGUUUGUCGGUUCUUCCAACAAGGUUCCUGCCGCUAUGGCGCGAAAUGCCACAAUGAGCACUUUGAUGUCAAACAGUAUCUUAAAGCUGACAUGGAAUCCAGCCUCAAUGGCAAGAUGUGGCCUUUCUCUGCCUAUGGACCCUUUAAGGAUAAGGCUAAUUUCCCUAACUUUAUCGAGGAUCAAUCUUUCGAGGAGGUCCGUUUCCUGUGCUAUGAGGCCAAGCGACAGAACCAGUUUGAUCAAUUCGCGCAACAGUUCAAUCGAGAGGUGUUGGAGGCAACCAAUAAAAUGAAGACCAUGUUACAAAUGGCUCCGCAGAUUGUGGACAUGAUGAUCAAAAUCCACGAGGCGCCAGAGGGUGGGAAUGUGUCCGCAGCACCGCAGCAACCCAAUAAUCCUUUUGCUGCUCCGGCCGCCAAUCCUUCUGUAUCCAUCUUUGGCAAGCCCACACUCAGUGCGGGAAACAUAUUCGGUAAUGCCACAAGCCAAGUCAGCACCACCAACAGUAUUUUCGGUGGUGCAAUGGCAAAUAACAAUCAAGGCAAUAGCAUGUUUGGCGGAGCAACGAUGGCGGCCGGAGCAACAAGUGUCUUUGGUCAACCUCAACAGCAACAGCCUGCAGUUCAAGCUUUUCAAGGGGGCAACAUUUUCGCACAGGCACAAGUUCAGGUGCAAGCUCAGCCAGUCAAUCCCAACCCUUUCGGUGGCUUCCAGCAGCAGCAACCGCAACCGGCAGGGAUAUUCGGCCAAGCAGCCAAUUCUAAUAUGGGAGGAAUCUUUGCCCAAGCGGCGCAACAGCAACAGCAGCAACCUCCCACUGGUUUUUUUGCCCAGGCAGCAGCAACUGGAUUUCCAAAUCCACAGGAUAUGUUGCAGCAGCAGCAGCAGCAACAACAAAUAAUGCAACAGCAACAACAACAACAGCAGCAACAAGAACAAUUGUUCCAACAACAACAACAAGCUCAGGUGUCCAACGAAGUUCAAUCCUCCAUUUACAGUCGCAUCGAAGAUCUCAACGAACAGGAGAUUGAAGCCUUUAAGGCGGAUCACUUUUUACCAGGUGCUUUGCCCUUCAAACCACCGCCACGGGAACUUUGCUGAUUUAAACUAGAGUAUAAUGUAUAGAACUCUACAUAGGGCUGAUUUUAAAUAUAUAAGUAAAUCUAAUAAACUAAUGCAUCAUCA